AUGAAGUUUUUUGCCAUUUUGUUGACUUUUCUGCUUUGCAUUCUUAAUAUAAAUUAUGCAAUUUGCUCCAAAUGUGACUUUGAACAGCUUUAUUCAUAUACCUGCAAAAUAAAGCCAGACUCAAGCAGCAUAAACGAAAAACAUGACGAUGCAAAAACUGACAAUGAUGUUGAGACAACUGAGUUUGAUGGAAAUGACAAUGAAGAUUUAUUUCAAUUGGAUUUAAGUCCAUUUUGUCAACGAUUUAAAAACAUGGCGGAAGUGAACGUCAAUAAUGUAAAGUUUAUCAGCGAAAACUCUUUUCAAAAAUGCAAAAAUUUGAAGGAAAUUUGGAUUGAAGACGCAGAAAUGGAAGAAAUUCCUGAAAAUUUAUUUUCAAAUCAAUCAAUUUUAAUUCAAAUUAUUCUUAAAAAUGGAAAAUUAAAAGCAAUACCGGAAAAUACUUUCAAAAACCAGAAGAAACUUGAGCAUUUAAACUUGGAAAUUAAUAAAAUUUCUUGUUUGAAACCAAACAUUUUCAAAUCGCUCAUAAAACUUUCAAAGUUAAAUCUUCGUGAAAAUAAAAUUCAGUCAUUAAAUCCAAAAUGGUUUGAAAAUCUUCAAUCUUUAAAAACUUUGUGGCUUAAUAUCAACAAAAUUCGAGAUUUACCAAAAAAUGUUUUUGUGAAUUUAAAGAAUUUAAACAAGUUGUACUUAAAUGACAAUCAAUUGACAGCACUUCACUCAGACUCAUUUGGAAUUCACAGAUAUUUGGAAAUAAUUGGUUUAAAAAACAACAAAAUUGAUGCAAUUGAUGAAAGAAUCAUCAACAAUACAGCAGUUAAGAAGCUUGAUAUGGGAGGAAAUGUUUGCAGCAAUGAAGACAUCGAAAGAAGUGACAAAAUAAAAGAAAAAUUAAGCAACUGCUUUAAGAACUAUCAGCCAAGUGAGCAGCCUCGUACAGAAUCAACCGUAAGUAUCGUUAUUAUCAGGCAAUGCUCUUCUGCAUCUGACAACACAUCCGGAAUCAAAUGUGGAACGAGACAAUUAGUAAAACAGCUGAUUUAUGGUGGAACUGUCACAAUUCAUGGGGAAUAUCCUUGGAAUGUGGCACUGACAACAAGCAACGGUGACUUCUUUUGUGGUGGAUCUCUUGUGUCAAACAGACAUGUCGUUACUGCUGCACAUUGCAUUAAAGGAAAGCGCGACAGCCAUAAAUUCGGAACCAAUGACUUCUCUGUUCUUCUCGGCGUUCACAACCACUCAAAGCCUGAUGAAGUUGGACGAAUUUCAGUUAAUGUAGCCCAGAUCAAUGUAAAUCCAAUUUGGAAUACAGACGUCAACAGCUAUGAUGGAGAUAUUGCAGUUCUGGAACUAGCAAAUGAAGUUCAGUUCAACAGUCACAUUCGUCCGAUUUGUUUAGCUGAUGAGAACACAGAAGUUGGUCAAUCAUCAAAAGGAACUGUCGUUGGAUUUGGUCAUAAUGAAAAUGGAACAAUUUCGCACAUCGCAAACAAGCUGGAAGUUCCAAUUCGUAGUUAUCAUAGCUGCACAAGUUACAGUCGAGAUCAUCAUUCGUACAUAAGUUUUAGGACAUUUUGUGGUGGACCGGCUGAUGGACGUAGUGUAUGUGCUGGAGAUAGUGGAGGUGGUGUUUAUGUCCAGCAUAAUUUUCGAUUUUAUCUUCGUGGACUUGUCUCAGCAUCGCUUAUGAAUGCAAUGAACCAAUGUGACGUCCACAGGGAAGCAAUAUUCACGGAUGUCACGAAAUAUUAUGACUGGAUAGAAAGAAUUGUAAGGACUGCACCAAAAGCUAGACUUGUGGUUCAGUCGACUACAGCAGCAACAACAACUACUUCUAGAAGUUAUUCAGUUCCUUCUAGAUCAACUAUGAGAUAUGCUUUUGGUGGACCGGUCCAGAACAAUCCAAUUAUGGUCGUUUGGCCUGAAACAAAAACACACAUCAAGGAUAUCCCAUUCCCAGCUAUCUCAUUCUGUGCUGAAUCAAUAAUCGAAGAUAAUUAUGAAAUAUUCUUCUCACUAUUAACGACCAACAAUGUCUCAUAUCCAGAAUAUUUAAAAGUUUGCACAUCUUAUUGGGAAAAUUGUGAAUAUCCAACAGACAUUCACUGGCAAAAGUUUGUAUUCUACGCUCAGCACAUGAUCUUUCAUCAUGCCGUUUGGAUUAAUAAAUUUAAAAUUUAUGAAAAUGUCACAAUGUCACCAUUUGGCUGGUGCUACACAUUCAAUAUUGUAGAUGAGACUGAAAUGUUUCAAGAAAAUUCUGUGGCUGAAUAUUUUCAAUAUCAAGUUCCACUUACUGAUCCCGAAACUUCUUCAAACUUACUCAAUUAUUCAGUCACUCCACCGCUUUUCACAUCCAGCAAAGAUGAAGGUUUUCAAGCUACACUCCAAAAUGAUAAAUAUCCAACAAUCAAGUGUGAGCAUAUUUCAGACGCACCAUGUGCUUACUUUGAGACCACACGGAUUGUCAUUCAUCCGUCUAAUGAGCUACCGGAUAUAAGACAUAGACAUUUAAUUAUGGAUUUUCAGAAAAUGUUUAAAAUUACAAUUGAGCCCAAUAUUAAAAUUUCGGAUGAGACACUUUUGUCACUGGAUGUUGAUGAUCGUCGCUGUUAUAAGCCAAACGAGCACAUCCUUCAAUAUUUCAAGACCUACACGUCCAUAAACUGCUUGAGAGAAUGCGAAAGCUCAUUUAUUCUACAGAAGUGCGGCUGUGUGCCUUAUUAUUUCAUCAACAACGACACGUCCUUGAUAUGCAGCACAACUCAACUCGACUGUUUUAAUCGUGAAUAUGAAGAGUUUGAUGAAGUCAAGUGCAGGUGCUACCCGCCAUGUGAGGAGACAACUUAUGAAUUCAUCAUGCAGAAGAUGUUGCUGGUUGAAAUGACCGCACGAACUUCAAGUUUCGGUGUCAAUAUGAAGAUGAGUGCAAUUUUCAAGGAUGACAGCUUUUAUCCACAAAUAAGACGGAAGUACUUUACAAUGAUCGAUUGGUUCUCAUUUGUUGGCGGAAUUCUUGGAUUAUUUUUUGGAUUCUCAUUUUUGUCAGCUUUUGAGGUUAUUUUUCAUGGAUCGAGAGGUCUUUUUGAAGGAAAAUGUCAAUUUUCAUGGAGAUUCCAAAAGAUGCUUAGUAAGCUAAGAAGAUUGCAAGUUGAGGUCAAAAGAGGAGGAACAUUGAAAGAUUCAAUUGUGAAAUACUGCAGCGAAAGUUCAAUUCAUGGACUGAGUUAUAUGCUGGACCCAGAAUUCAAAACCUUAGAAAGAUUGUCUUGGCUGAUCUCAUUCAUCCUCUCAAUCACAUCCUGCAUCUUCAUGAUCCUCAAACUAAAAGAUAAAUUUGCAAUCGAUUCAUUGUCAAUAACAUCAGUAAGUAAGUCCUUUAAUGUCACUCAAAUUCCAUUUCCAGCUGUAUCAAUCAUGGAGUUUAGUGAAAUUGAAUGUAAUGUUAAUAAAUAUAAAGUUGAUGCAGCAUUUGUUGAGUGCUAUAAGGAUAAGGAUUUUGAGGGUGACUUUACAAACUUUACGUGUGAUGCGGAAAAGCCAAAAACUAGAAGAAUUUCGAAAUACUGCAGAGAUUUUGGAAAGCUGAUAAAGCCAAUAAUUCCAUCCCUUGAAAGACAACAUGACUUUAUUCCAGAAGUUCCAGAUAAAUUGAAAAACUUUAAAAAUUAUGGACAUCAAAUUGUGCCUUUUAUGAAGAAGUUUGGCAUGCAAAUUAAGCUCAUCAAGAUGAAGUUGUUUUGGGAACAAGACGUUGAAGCUCCUGUCGCAAAUUUAUUUACUGGAAUGGGACAUGGAUAUAGCUUCAAUAUUGCAGCAGAUGAUGAUAUGUUUUAUGAUGUGAGCAGUAUCUCACCAGACUUUUCCUACAACAUCACCAACUCAUUUCCUGGUGGAACACAAGUCAAUCCAUCCAAGUUUCCUUGGAGAUCAAAAUUUGCUGACCAACAAUCAUUCAUACUUAUAAUGAAUACACAUGAACGGUACGUCAGCCAGACAGCUGCAUUUAUUCAUUCACCAUUUGAGUAUCCAAUUCAGCUACUGGACGAUGACCAAAAUAUUGUGAUGGUCCAAAUGAUUAAGACUGUUCAGAUUCUAUUGACACCUGAGGUUGUCACAGUUGGUGAAGGAUUUGCAGCUUUGCCAUUGAAUCGACGGAUGUGCUUUUUAGAAAAUGAGAGAAGAUUGAAGUUCUUCAAAGUUUACACUCAACGGAACUGCGAACUCGAGUGUCUGUCUCAAAAAAUGCUCAAAUCUUGCAAUUGCAUUCCCUUUGAUAUCAUCAGAUUGAAUGCUACAAAAGUCUGUGAAAUCCCUGACUAUGCAUGCGUCCAAAAGGUUCAAACUGAGACAAUUCACAGAGAAUCUUUACAAAAGUCAUGCGAAUGCCUUCAACCUUGCAACUACAUCAACUACAACUUUGAGUACAGUGAAAUUAACCACAAACAAGAAGAUGAUGAUGAUAAUCGAAUGGAAGUUGGUGUCCUAACGAUUAAGUUUAAAGAUAAUGAGUUUACAGCUAUGCAACGAACCAGACAGUUGACAAUUUUUGAUUUUUUGAGCUACAUUGGGGGACUUUUGGGACUUUUUGCUGGCAUUUCUGUGCUGUCAAUUUUUGAAAUUUUUUAUUUCUUUACAUUGAGGUUGAUUUCUGAUUAUGAAGGUCCAGAGCAAUCCAAUCAUGAUUGUAUGGCCAGAAUCAAAGACGAACAUCAAGGAUGUAAGGCUGAUUAUUUGAGAUCAGUUAUUCCAUUUCCAGCUGUUUCAUUCUGCGGCGAAUCCUUUGUCAUUGACGAUUACGAAAUAUUCUCAUCAAUUUUGAAGACCAAUAAUGUGACAUAUCCAAAAUGGCUUGAUGUGUGUACAGAACAAGAAGUGCUUGGCGACUGCGAAAUUCCAGAAAUUCAUUGGAAAAAUUAUGAGUUUUACACUACUGAACAUUUUCAAUACCAAAAGCCUAGUCAAGCCACAAAUCCUCAAAACUACACAAUAAAGACACCAUUUUUCACAUCCAGUAAAGAUUCAGGAUUACUAGCAACAAUUGAGGAACAAACCAGAACAAUUACAAUGAAUGUUAAUGAAGAUUCUGAUGAUAAUCGAUGGUCAUUUCGAUCAGCAACAGUUGUUGUAAUUCACUCGCCAUGGGAGCUGCCAAACACACGACACAGACAUUUGUUACUAACUUUUAAUCAGCUUCUUAAGGUUAUAAUUGAACCAACAAUCAAAAUCACAGAUGAGACACUUUUGGACUUGGAUGUUGAUGAGUAUGAUCGCCGCUGUUACAAGCCAGAAGAGUACAUUCUUCAAUAUUUCAAGACCUACACGUCCAUAAACUGCUUGAGAGAAUGCGAGAGCUCAUUUAUUCUACAGAAGUGCGGCUGUGUGCCUUAUUAUUUCAUCAACAACGACACGACCUUGAUAUGCAGCACAACUCAACUCGACUGUUUUAAUCGUGAAUAUGAGGAGUUUGAUGAAGUCAAGUGUAGCUGCUACCCGCCAUGCUAUAAUGUUGAAUAUGAUACUGUGAUGCAAAAGCAGCUUGUUGUUGAAACUAAUGAAUUCACAACUAUUAACAGCAUCAAGGUGAUUAUGAACUUCAAGGACAACAGCUUCUAUCCUCAAAUCCGCAAGAAAUAUUUCGCAAUGAUCGAUUGGUUCUCAUUUGUUGGCGGAAUUCUUGGAUUAUUUUUUGAAUUCUCAUUUUUGUCUGGUUUUGAGGUUAUUUUUCAUGCCUGGAUGUUGAUUUCAAGAAGAAGGUCCAAAAAGCUGAAUGGAAAGAUCGUCAAAAAAGGAAUUAUCAAAGAUUCAAUCAAGGAGUUUUUAGAUAAAAGUUCAAUUCAUGGACUGAGUUAUAUUGGCAGUGGAAGAAUUAGAUCAAUUGAAAGGCUGUCCUGGCUCAUAACAUUCACCUUAUCAAUCUCAUCUUGUGCCUACAUGGUUUAUCAACUUGAGGACAAGUUCAUCGUCUAUUCAGUGUCAAUAGCAACCGACAGCAAAGUUAUAAAUGUCACUGAAAUUCCAUUUCCAGCUGUGUCAAUCAUGACAUCCAGUAAUUUUUUAUGCAAUCGAAUUCAGUAUGAACAGGACAUUGCUAAUCUUGAAUGUUAUAAGGAUCUUGAUUUUUUGGGAACUCCUGUAAAAGCUGGAUGUAAAAUGAACUUGCCAAAAUUAACUAAGAAGGAUAUGGAUGAGGAUUUGAGGGAUAAAAAGAACUGCUACAGCUUUGGAAAAUUAAUCGACCCAAUAGCUCCAACCGAGAACAGACCCGAAACCUUUAUCCCCAGUGUCCCAAAUCAUUUCCAAAACUAUACAAAUUAUGGACAUAAAAUUGUGCCUUUUAUAAAAAAGCAUGGCAUAUUUUAUAAGUUGUUCAAUAUGCAGCUGUUUUGGGAGCAAGAAUUUGCAGCUCCUGUAGCUACUUUCCUGACUGACAUGGGAUUUGGAUACAGCUUCAACAUUGCACCUGUUGAGGAUAUGUUUUAUGAUAAAGAAAGCAUUUCACCAGACUUCACCUACAACAUCACAAACUCUUUUCCCGGCGGCACCAAAUUUAAAUUCUCAAAAUUUCCAUGGAAGUCGAGGUAUGGAGAUCAUGAGACAUUUACAAUGAUGAUGGCUAGUGACUUUAGGUACUUAGAUCAUUCAACAGUUUAUAUCCAUUCGCCAUUUGAGUAUCCAAUUCAGCUAUUGAACUAUGAUCAGAAUAUUAUUAUGGUUCAAAUGUCAGUGACUGUUCAGAUUAUUUUGAAGCCAGAGAUUGUCACAGUUAGCAGAGAAUUUGCAGCUCUUCCAUUAAGUCAACGGAUGUGCUUUUUGGAAAAUGAAAGAAAAUUAAAGUUUUUCAAAGUUUACACGCAACGAAACUGCGAGAUUGAGUGUUUGGCUGAUAAACUUCUAAAAUCCUGCAAUUGCGUUCCAUUUGACGUGCUUAGAUCCAAAAAGACAAAAAUCUGUGAAAUCCCUGACUAUACAUGCGUCCAAAAAGUUAAAAAUGAAUCAAAUCAUAGAGAAACUUUACAAAAACUGUGUGACUGCCUCCAACCUUGUAAUCACAUCAACUAUUACUUUGAAUACAGUGAAAUUAGCCACAGUCUGGAAGAUGACAAUGAUCAGCGAAUGGAAGUUGGUGGACUAAUUCCAUUCCCAGCAAUCUCAAUUUGUUCUAGUUCCAUACAAGAUGGAAGUCAGGAACGAUUAAUGCUGCUUCAAAAUAUCCAUAAUGACACCUACAAAGCUUAUAUUCGUACCAAAUGUAAAUUUAUUUGGUCUCAAUUUGAAUGUUACAAAAAUGACUUAGAAGCCAUCAUAUAUGAACUUGCUGUGCAUUAUUGGCUGCCAAUUAAGGUUGAUUGGAUAGGAAAGUACAGAACUGAUCCAAUUUUAACGAUUUCUCAUUUUGGAUGGUGCAAAACAUUUAAUAUAAUUCAGGAGGACGACAUGUUCCAUAAUAAUUCAAUAGCUGACUAUUUUGCUUACAAGUCUGAAUCACAGCCAUUAAAUUUGACAAAAGUUCCAUUAACAACAUCAAAUAAGAAUCUUGGGUAUCGAAGCAUUGCAACUUUACCAUUAAAUGAAUUUCAAUUGUGUAAUUUUCUGACCGGAUGUAACGCAAACAGCAUGGACAAGACUCUUGUAAUUCAUUCAUCAUUUGAGAUGCCUGACAAAAGACACAAGAUGGUUAGGCUGCAAGUUAAAGAGCUGACAAAGAUCGCUAUUGUGCCUAAUAUAAGGAUUACUGAUGAGACACUUCUGUCGUUGGAUGUUGAUGAUCGCCGCUGUUACAAGCCAAACGAGCACAUCCUUCAAUAUUUCAAGACCUACACGUCCAUAAACUGCUUGAGAGAAUGCGAAAGCUCAUUUAUUCUACAGAAGUGCGGCUGUGUGCCUUAUUAUUUCAUCAACAACGACACGUCCUUGAUAUGCAGCACAACUCAACUCGACUGUUUUAAUCGAGAAUAUAAAGAGUUUGAUGAAGUCAAGUGCAGGUGCUUUCCACUUUGUGAGGAUGUUGGAUAUGAAUUCAGUGCCCAGAAGGUCGCAAUGAUUGCCUCAUUUAAAGAAGCAGCACUGAUGACAACAGUGGCAAACUUUAAGGACUCUAACUUCUAUCCACAAAUAAGACGGAAGUACUUUACAAUGAUCGAUUGGUUCUCAUUUGUUGGAGGCAUUCUUGGAUUAUUUUUUGGAUUCUCAAUUUUGUCAGCUUUUGAAGUUGUUUUUCAUGUCUGGAUGUUGAUUUUUGACAGGAAAUCACUUGUACAUGAUCAAGUUAGAACAAGGCUCAAGGGAGACAUGCCAUUGAGACAGUUUCAAGCAUAUUUAAGGGAAUUUUUGAAGAAUUCAUCGAUUCACAGCUUUCAAUACAUUUCAAAUCGUGAAUUGGGGAUGAUUAAAAGACUCGCAUGGACAGUCUCAUUAAUGCUCUCAAUCACCUCCUGUGCCUUCAUGAUUCCUAAAUUAAAUCAAAAGUUUACAGUUGACUCAAUUGCUAUUGUUACAAGUCCAAAAAUCAUGAAUAUUACAGAAAUUCCGUUUCCCAGCAUUACAAUUAUGAGUUCAAUUCUGUUGGACAUGUCAGGUGCUAUACCAGUCACUAAAAUGCUCCUGUACCUUGAAACAUCCAUCGAUCCACAAGAAAACGACGCAUACACGUUCAAUGAUUCAAUUUACGGACCACAAAUUGUGCCAGCUUUAAAAAAAUAUUCGAUGCUGUAUAAAAGUAACAUGGUGACUAUGAAAUGGAAUGAAAAAUUGGCAGUUCCAAUUGCGCAACUGUUGACAUCUUUUGGAUUUGGAUACAACUUUAAUAUGAUUGAUUUUGAUGAAAUGUUUGAUAAGAUGAGCGUCUCAACAGACUUCCUUUACCACAGCAACAUCAAUCUUCAACAAGGAUCCAAAAUCAACACAACAAAGCAUCCAUUGACAUCACCAUACAAUAAGGAUAAAGCUCUCAAUGUUCACAUCUCGUCAGAGCAGUUUAAUCCAAUUUUUUACAUCCAUUCACCUGUCGAGUAUCCAAUUGACUUAUCAAUUGAUAUUAUUAAUGCUUUUGAAUGGGAAUUGGAAACGAAAUUUGAUGUUCUGAUCAUUCCAGAGAUUAUUACAUCCAGUGACGAUUUUGCUCGUCUUUCAUUUAAUCAGCGGAUGUGCUACAUGGAAAAUGAAAGGCAAUUAAAGUUCUAUAAAGUUUACACACAGAGGAACUGCGAGAUUGAGUGUCUAUCGGAAAAGUUACUUAAAACCUGCAAUUGUGUCCCAUUUAAUGUCAUCAGGGACAAUAAAACGAAAAUUUGUGAAUAUCUUGACUACACCUGCGUCAAUAAAGUUCAAAGUGGAUAUUCGGAUGGUCAAAAUUUUUUUAAAAGCUGCAACUGCCUGCAAUCAUGCAACUUCAUCACGUACAAUAUUGAAAUUAUUAAGACGAGACAAUUUGAUGAUGAACAAGUUUUGACAUUUAGCAGUGAUUCUGCAAGAAUUAGGUUUAAGGACAAUGAGUUUACAGCUAUGCAGCGUGUCAGGCAGUUUACAAUUUUUGACUUUUUGAGCUACAUUGGUGGACUCUUGGGACUUUUUGCUGGCAUUUCUGUGCUGUCGAUUUUUGAGAUUUUUUAUUUCUUUACUUUGAGGUUGAUUUGUGAGAUUUUGAGGGCCAAAAAGAGAAAAGGGAGCAUUGGAUGUGCUGUAUAAGCUCAAAGAUCUACAAAAAAAAU